GUUGCUUCUCAGAGUCAUCCUUCCUCUCUGACACUUGUGACUUGAAAACAGCGCACAGAACAUACGUUUGUUGAUGAACCAGAUGGCAGGGACAGCACGGCACGAUUGGGAGAUGGCAAUCCAGGCCAAGAAAAAGCUCACCACGGCCACUGACCCCAUUGAGAGACUCCGACUGCAGUGCCUGGCCCGGGGCUCCGCAGGCAUCAAAGGACUCGGCAGAGUGUUUCGAAUUAUGGAUGACAAUAACAACCGAACUCUUGACUUCAAAGAAUUUGUGAAAGGCCUAAAUGAUUAUGCCGUGGUCAUGGAAAAGGAAGAGGCAGAAGAGCUCUUCCGGAGGUUUGAUAAAGAUGGAAACGGAACCAUAGACUUCAAUGAAUUUCUUCUUACAUUAAGACCUCCAAUGUCUAGAGCCAGAAAAGAGGUAAUUAUGCAAGCUUUUAGGAAGUUAGACAAGACCGGAGAUGGAGUUAUAACAAUUGAAGAUCUUCGUGAGGUAUAUAACGCCAAACACCACCCUAAGUACCAAAAUGGAGAAUGGACGGAGGAGCAAGUAUUCAGGAAGUUUCUGGAUAACUUUGAUUCACCUUAUGACAAAGAUGGAUUGGUGACCCCUGAGGAGUUUAUGAACUACUAUGCAGGGGUGAGCGCGUCCAUUGACACGGAUGUGUAUUUCAUUGUCAUGAUGAGAACUGCCUGGAAGCUCUAAAUGGUUGGACUACUCCCAUUUGGCAGGCCAAGCAAGUUCCCGCAAUGCCCAGCCUCUGAGUGGUACCCCUAAGACUGGGGGGAAUAGAAUACUCUGUGUGUUUGUAUUAAGAAACAGGGGGGGUUAAGAGGGAGGAGAAAGAAAUGGAACCCACAGGCUGAUUUCUGCUCUUUUAAUUUCAUUGUCCAUUAUAGGCUUCACAGGGCCAAUGAUGAAACACGAAUACACAUCCUGACCAAAAUGAGAAGUUUGCCUUUUAGCACCUCCCAUGUGGCUAGUGCCUUACAUCCUGUUAUUGAAUCCCAGCCAUCGUGGAUUCCUGGGUGUCCAAGGAUCCUAAGAAGCACCCCAUUCUCUAGUUCUAUCCUUUAUUUCAGUCAUCUUACUUAAACUUCCUUUCCUUAAAGAGCUUUUUUACCUGUACAUUUAUGCUAUAAAUUUCUCUAAAGUAUUAAUAAUAAUCAUGCCAAGUAUGCUCUGGAGUAGAACAGUCCCAUAGGACCUUCUGUGAUGAUGGGAAUCUUCUCCAUCUGUGCUCUCCAAGAUGUCAGCCUCUAGCCACAUAUGGCGAUUGAGCAAUGGAAAUGUGGCUAGUGCAACAGAGGAAUUCAGUUUUUCAUUAUGUUUAAUUUUAACAAAUUUAAACUUAAAAAGCCAUGUGUGGUUAGAGGCUACUGUAUUGGAUAGCACAGCUCUAAACAUUUUUAUCUUAAUGCAAAAGGUGAUGGCCAGUGGGCCGGUGGGUCUUUAGCCUACCGUGCAAGGGCCCCACCUCAGAGGGGAGGGGCAAGCCAGGUUCCCUGAUCUUAGAGUCAGUUACCUGACUCUGCUUGAUUGUCAGUGGCAGAUCAGACUCCAUUGAAAACGUUUCAGGGAGAAUGUAAAAUGCCUUACCAUGUCUCACAUAUUUUGACACCAUUUCCUUCUUUUUCCCCUGCUCUUUAUCCCUCUCAGGUUUCGAAGGAAGAGUUUUUGAACUAUUAUGCUGGUGUCAGUGCUUCUAUUGACACGGAUGCCUAUUUCAUUUUAAUGAUGACAAAAUCCUGGA